GAAGGGUGCGCCCAGAACAUGCUGGAGACCGCAAAAAUGAAAUUAACUCAUUUGUGAGUUGCGAAGUCGCUAUUUAAGUUGUUAUAUACGUCGCUUUUGUUGUCCCUUUUGUUAUCCCUUUUGUUGUCAUGUUGCCACUAACCGCUACUGCUGCGCCGUAGCACGACGAAACGACGAACAAAACAUGCGGCAAAAAUUUGCCAGCGAAAAGGAAAAAAAAAAAAAAAAAACAUUUUGCAAACCACAGUUUGUAGUUGCGAUCAACGAAGGGGAGUCAUCAAAUCAGGCAUCCGCCAUUCGUUAAAAAGAAAAAAAAAAAGAAACGCAAUAACAACACGACGGAGGUUAACCCAACUGUGGUGAGAGAAGCAUAACCUGGGGAAAAGAAUGCGAACGUGCUACAAACGAAAGCCGGUGUAGUUGUGCCCCCUGCUGAAAAAUUGAAGGGCAAGCGGUUGACUUCCCCUUUUAGCAUUAAAUCGCGCGUAGGCUCCGCCGACAAUCUGCCGAAAAUCUGCGUACCCCCGCAAAGGUAUCACCACCCGUAAUGCCAACCAACAUGGGAGACGCAGCGGGGAAGGCGAACUGCCAAAUCGAGCCGGAGAGAAAAGAAGCAGUGAUAGAUACAUCCAACUGGCCACUCCUGCUAAGGAACUAUGACAAACUGAACGUCCGAAGUUCCCACUUCACGCCCCUGCCAAUGGGAAACUCCCCCUACUCGCGCAAUUUAGAAGAGUACCUAAAAUAUGGGAUCAUCAAUUUGGAUAAACCCAGUAACCCCUCCUCCCAUGAAGUCGUUUCUUGGAUAAGGAAAAUCCUAAGGUGUGAAAAAACAGGACACAGUGGUACCUUAGACCCCAAGGUGACGGGUGUAUUACUCGUAUGUUUAAAUAGAGCAACCCGGUUGGUAAAAUCACAGCAGGAAUCUGGAAAGGAAUACGUAUGUGUAUGUAAAUUUCAUUCUAAGCCCAAAAGUCUUGAAGAAGUAAAGCUAGUACUAAAUAAUUUCCAUGGGGCUAUUUUCCAAAGGCCCCCAUUAAUAUGUGCUGUCAAAAGGCAAUUAAGAGUGCGAACGAUUUAUGAUUCGAAACUGUUAGAUUAUGAUGAUACUAAUAACGUCUGUGUAUUUUGGGUAAAGUGUCAAGCAGGAACUUACAUAAGGACGUUGUGUGAGCAUAUAGGGUUGCUCCUAGGAGUAGGGGCACACAUGCAAGAAUUGAGGAGAGUAAAAUCUGGAAAUAUGACAGAGUAUGAUAAUAUGUGUACGCUACAUGACAUUUUGGAUGCCCAACAUGUGUAUGAUACUACUGGGGAUGAAACUUACCUGAGGAGAAUUAUCACCCCGUUGGAGAAGCUUCUUAUAAACUUCCCCAGGAUAGUUAUAAAGGACAGUGCCGUGAAUGCCAUCUGCUACGGAGCUAAAUUGACCAUCCCUGGGGUUUUACGAUUCGACAAUAAUAUUGAUAUGUACGCCGAAAUUGUUUUAAUGACGACGAAAGGUGAAGCAGUUGCCUUGGCCAUUGCCCAAAUGACUGCAAGUGUCAUCGCCACUGUCGACCAUGGUGUUGUUGCUCUCACCAAGAGGGUUAUUAUGGAUAGAGAUACCUACGAUGUGAAGUGGGGGUUUGGUACCAGAUCUAUGGAAAAAAAAAAAUUAAUUCUUGCCGGUCUGCUUGAUAAGCAUGGAAAGCCAAAUGAAAAAACACCACUCAGUUGGAUCAAAAGUGAAGGUUACGUUCCCAAACUGGUUGGCGAUACGGCCAUUUAUACGCUCAACGCGGAUGGCAGUAACAAUGAGGUGCAAGAAAAUGCCAAGAAUGUGGGGGGUGAUAAUAAUAACCCUGUGGGGGGAACCUCCUCUUUCAAUGUAAGCGAUGGUGAAAGUAAAAAAAAAAAGGAUGGUGAGGGGGCGGAAGAAAAUGACAACAACGCAGGUGAGCAGUCCGACUCGGGGGUGGUCAAAAAGAAGAGGAAAAAAAAUUAAGUCCACUUCACUGACGAGUAAUAUAUGGAACUUUCUCGAGGGGCACACAUAUAUGCUUGCGUCUUCAGAGGCGCAACCCGAUUUUACGCCUUCCCAAGGGGGGGAACCCAUUUUUCAGUAGUGCCGCCGCGGGGAUC